UCAUCAAAUGACAGAUGUAUAGUUUACCUGUAUCGAAAACCUAAACUUAUUUUUAUAAUCACACACUACUCCGAGUUUAGUAACUAAAACAAAUAUACACCAGCGAUUGGAAAUAGCUUAUAUGUGUCUGUGGCCUACAUUCAAGCAGAGAAGAUGACCCAUUUAUUUUGUCACACCUGAACAGUAAAGCGACCUCUCGGUCUUAACAAAGCGUCCUUUCCCUAAUUUGAAUAAGGUGAGUGUGUGUCGGCCAUUUUGAAAUCCAGGUGUUGUUACAGGUAGCGUUAAUUAUUAUUAUUGUCGUCUUUUUUUUUCAAAAACGGUGACUGUUGGGACUGUUGACACCUGUUUUAACAUGACAAUCGUUUGAAGACGCGGCGACCAGGUAAACAUGAUGAAAGACGCUGUCGUGCAGGUAAUAACUGUGGUGUUUGUGUGUCUGUGCGCCAUUUCCUGGGUCGCGGGGCCCGUCAAUAAGGAUGCGCCUUUCGCGUGGAUGGAGUAUGACAAAUUCGACAUCAUCAACGACAGGUUUUCCGCCGUCACCCCGGAGAACUGCCGCGCCAAGCCAGCGGACGAGCUGCGACUCCCCGCGGACACUGUAGCUCAGAUCCCUCGCUACAACAUGCUGCUGAGGACUGUCAUAUACUCCAACAGGUCUUCCAUGCUUCACAUGCACAACAUGGCUCUCAACCGUGCCUUCUACUACAGCUUCAUCUACCAGAAGCUGAACCACACCUUUGACUUCUUGUACCAGCCGGGUCUGAUGUACCUGUACAUGUCCGCGGCAGCUGACGUUUCCGCCAGUCCAGGAUUCAUCAACGGAUCGGCACUGUACUUCGACAGACACACCUGCUAUCCGAACUGGUUUCGAACCUACGACUUCAACAGGACUAUCCCUCUGUUCGGGCCCCGAGCCUGGAGAGCGGACGAUUACAACGAGCCAACCAAUUUCCUCCGCGAACCGACCAACAACACCAUCGAGAUUCACGACUACGGUAGUGGCAGGGCGUUCAAUUACACGAACCCCGCAUACAAGACUAACCCCUGGUACAAGUUCUGGAUGCCCGAUACCACGGGCGAUGCAGACUCCCUGAGGAAGUUUACGUAUUCGGUGAAGAUAAAGUAUUCCAACACGACGGGGAUGUUCCGAAGGGAAGAGUACGAGGAUUCGUCUUUCUUUGGUCCUCCGCAGCCAGGACAGCAGGAUAAGGAUAUCUACCUUCCCGUGAGAUUCACUGAGCCCUACUACGACUGUGGCCGAUCCAACAAGUGGAUCGUCAGUGCGACAGCUCCAGUUGUUGAAUACUUCCCACGAUACUCUAUCUUCAUCCAUCUGCGAAGAGCGAGGUUUGUGGCAAUCUCGUCCAUGGAUAUAGAGUUUGAGAGGAUUGAUAUGAAUCAGUGUCCCAUCUCAGAGGGUAACCCAGCUCCCAACUACUUUGGAGGAACCGCCAGGUGUAAACCCAGUACCAUGUGUGAACCAAUCCCUGGCUUUGGAUUCCGACGUGGUGGAUAUCAGUGUGUGUGUCAGCCAGGCUAUUACUUUCCCUGGUACCAUGAUGGACCCUUCCUUGGCUUUGAGAUCGAACAAGCUACCAAAGAGGAGUAUCAAAUUGGAUUUGACUGCAUUAAAGUAGAAGAGCGACUUGUCAUUCCAAAUGUGAUGCCCGAGUUUGUUGACAGACAGAAGAGAUCGGUCUUGUCCAGGAAGGACGAGUUCGCGACGUUGAUCAAAUUCCACUCAAUGAGUCCCAGACUGAGUACCCGUCAGAAGCGCCACCUGGUGUCCCGACUCAAGGAUUACCAUGCCGAGAAGGAGAGACAGAAGAGAGAAGCUCCCAAGAGAGCCAAGUUGAUUGCUAGACAGAAGAGAGAGAUGAAAAUCAAACCGUCGAAGCGCAACAAGCGAGAUGCCACCGACGAAGACGCCGUCAGACGAAUGAACGGCAUCAUAUUCCGCAAGUACGACAUCAACAAAAAGAACUGCAAGAGCAGGAAGAAGUAUGAGCUGCUGUUGCCGGGCGAUGCAGGACAUGGGGUCAACACGCAGUUCGAGGCUCAGGGCAGGACCGCCCUCAGGCUGGCUCACUUCUUGAGCAACUUCCUGCAGAACGUCGACGAGUACGAAGAAUUUGGCAAUCUCCGCGGCGAUCGGAGGAUCAACGAAACGCAGAUAUUCGCCGAAGUGAUCGCAAACAUCAUGGGCGACUUCAAGGUCUUGGGUAGUGGUGUGUUCUUCGAGCGUUACAAGUUCCGGAUGUCUCCGCCGAUCAACAACACAGAUCCGGCUCUGGCGAGCGGCAUCACGCGAGAGUUCUUCGGUCCGUACGCGUUCAGACAGCAGAUAGAUGGGGACGGGCUGGACGAGUUCAAGGCCAUUGACUUCGCCGGCUACAAACACUUUUACACGGACGAACGCUGGUUCAGGAACAUGAAGGCGAGAUGGUCGACCAAUGUGGAUGGUCUGAAGAAGUUCACGGCAAAGCCGAUGAUUCGCUCGAACCCCCAGGGCGAGAGUCUGGUCCGGUUCGAGUACUACCCUCUGACAUUCCGAGCGGCUCGCUAUGAAGAUGGAGAGUGGCUUCGUCCCGAGUUCAAAUGUGAUGACAGAAUUAAUGACUGGGUCAUCUCAUAUGUAGUGCCAUUCUUCGGCAAGAACGCACUGAAAACAAGAAUUGAAUUCAAGGGUGUUGUAACAAUUGAUGUAAAGCUGGACUACCUCGACAUUAACCAGUGUCCCUCUAACUUUUAUGUGGCCAAUGCCUUCAAGAACACUGCCCGCUGCCACUUUGAGUCACAAUAUUGCGUAGCUUUAGAAGGCAAGCGAUUUGUGGGAGGAGGAUACAAAUGUGAAUGUCGUCAAGGUUACGAGUAUCCAUUCAACGACCUUGCCUGGUUCUUUGAUGGGCAGACCAUGGAAGAAGAGUGGCGAAAGGUCCAGAAUAAUGAACCCAACAGAUACGACACACUGAAAUGUAGAAUAGCUGGAGCAUCAUCCAUAGUUUCUAGUCUCUCUCUCAUCUUCAUCUCAGCUGGUCUGCUGCUGUGGCAACAAGGAAAUUAAAAAAAUUAACUCUUUUUUUCAAUUUUAUUUUUUUCUAUUGCUUUAAUAUAUUUUUUUUUACAUUUCUUCAUGACAUUCCAUAAAUAUCUUAAUUUUAUAAUAAACCUAAUGUGCCAAUUUUGUACAUUUGUAUAUUUUAUAUAAUUGUGAAUGUCAAGACAUUUAUUGUUUUGUUUCUUUUGUGUCUCUAUUUAAAAGUAUUUGAUAAUUUCUAACAAAUGUUUGUUUUUAAAUUUUUACGAAGCAAGUAAUUCAUUUUUUGCCAGUCAUUUUGAUUAUGUGUAAGUUUUUGAUUCAGAAUAAUCUUUCUACUGUUGUUACCUAUCAUAUCAGUAUCACUGACUGUUUAUAGUAGAUAUAUCAUGUACAUUUUAGAUCAAACUGUAUAGUUGUAUGUAAGUGUGUAUAUAUAUAUAUAAAAACACAAAAUAUACCAGGAUCUGAUCAAAUGAUUGUGCAGUUACAAUUCUACCCACGAACCCUAUUACAAGGUCGGUAGCUAGGAUUGUUUAGAAGGUGUCACAAGCUGAAAUAAUAUACAGUGCAUUCUGUCAAUUCUGGUGUCUGUGAAAUCACUAUUUCUGUGUAAACCGGCAUGAUCACGGAUACCUGUUUAGUGAUAAUAGCAUGGGAGAAAUCAGUCUUAUCGGGCACAAUGCAUAUUGGCAUAUAUCAACAGGUUCCCUGGAAUCUGGUUUAGAAAGUCUACUUCCACCAGUAUAUUUGUCAAAUGAAAUGCAGACUGGAUUUCAGAUAAUUAUGAAAGACUCUAGCUAUGGUGCUAAUCAGUGGGUUUCAUCUUUCAUUAUCUAGACCUUAUUUCAGACCUCCAAUUUAGCCACCAAUUAACAAUAUAAUGGGUAUAUAUAUAUAUUGUUUUCUUUUCAUUCCAUGCAAAAUCAAGCUCAAAGUUCAAAUUAAAGGGGUCCUUGCACACCAUUAUCUAGUACUGUAUUUAGGGCUGGGUUUGCUCAUUGUAUGAAAUUAAUGCAACAGUUUCAUUCCUUUUGUGACAACUGAUCUGGUUGUAUCGGUUGAGCAUUAAAUCACAAAUUAACAUUUCCUUCAGUCUGCCCAUUCAAGCCCUGUACAAUGAUAUAUGAAGUUUGGUGGUGGUAGGGGUUAUUGAGGUCUGUAUUUGUCAAGCAACUGAAUAGGUUUAUGCACACAUGUACACUUGCAUUCACAGGCAAAUUUACAAUUACAUGCACAUAAAUAAAAUACAAAUUCAGUUUUAUCAAAUGGGUAAAAAAAUAAAAUAAGGGUAGUAUGUUGGUACUUGAUUCAGUUCUGUUUCUCACUGAUCUGUUCUAAGGGGUGGGAUCUAGCUCAGUUAGUAGAGCUCCAGACUGAGAUUAUUUAAUCAUAAGAUCGAACCCCCUCAGUGGACCCUUCCUUCUCCAAUGUUUUUUCUUCUCAUCUCAACCAGUGCACCACGACUGGUAUAUCAAAUGCUGUGGUAUGUGCUAUCCUGUCUAUGGGAAAGUGUAUAUAAAAGAUCCCUUGCUACUAAAUGGAGAAAUGUAGCAGGUUUCCUCAAAGACUACAAGUCAAAAUUAUCAAAUAUUUGUCAUCCAAGUGGAUGAUUAAUAAAUCAAUAUGAUCAAGUGGUGUCUUUAAGCGAAACAAACAUUUGGUUCAGUUAUAUAUUUGGCUAAAUUAUCUUUAUUUUAGCAAGCAAAAAUUAAAUGUAGACUUGUUUAGAGAUUAAUACUUAGAAUAGGUAUGUAGUUAGAAAAUGUACCUUUUUGUGAUUGUAAAGGUGUUGAUUGAUUUGCAUGAAACAAUAAUGUUUUGUUUUUUUGCAUGGUGAAUUUAUAUUAUAGUAGCUAUAAAUCUUUCUUAGUAAAUCGUGCUCUUGUUUAUAGUAUUAAAUAUCAAAUGCUUAGGUUAGUAUAUAAAUAUAUGUAUACUUUUUCAUAAUAUUUCAUGUACAUAUUGUAUAUUACAAUAAAUGUUUUUAAAAUGAUUUUUAUAAUGGCAAUAAAUUAAUUUUUAUACACUU